AUGGACCUGAAGAUAGGUACCAGCGAUGCCAGAGAAGAGAAGGUUCCAGUGGAUCCGGCUGUGGUCCUGGGGCUCUGUCUCUCCUGUCUGCUUCUCCUCUCACUCUGGAAACAGAGCUCUGGGAAAGGGCAGCUCCCGACUGGCCCCACUCCUCUCCCAAUUCUUGGAAAUAUCCUACAGUUAGAUGUUAAGGAUAUCGGCAAAUCCUUAACCAAUCUCUCAAAAGCGUAUGGCCCUGUGUUCACUGGGUAUUUUGGCUUGAAGCCCACCAUUGUGUUGCAUGGUUAUGAAGCAGUGAAAGAAGCCCUGAUUGAUCUGUGAGAAGAGUUUUCUGGAAGAGGCAGUCUCCCUGUGUCUCAAAGAGUUAAUAAAGGACAUGGAAUCCUCUUUAGCAAUGGAAAGAGAUGGAAGGAGAUCUGGCGCAUCUCCCUCAUGACACUGUGGAAUUUCGGGGUGGGGAAUAGGAGCAUUGAGGACCGAGUUCAAGAGGAAGCCCACUGCCUUGUGGAGGAGUUGAGAAAAACCAGUGGGUCACCCUGUGAUCCCACUUUCAUCCUGGGCUGGGCUCCCUGCAAUGUGAUCUCCAUUAUUUUCCAGAAUCGUUUUGAUUAUACAGAUCAGAAUUUUCUUAACUUGCUAGGAAACUCUAAUGAGUUUCCAGGAUUUAUGAGCUCCCCAUGGAUCCGGGUCUGCAAUAAUUUCUCUGCUCUCAUGGAGUAUCUCCCAGGGAGUCAUAACAAAGUACUUAAAAUUUUUGCUUAUGUAAAAAGCUGUGUUUUGGAGAAAAUAAAAGAACACCAAGCAUCUCUGGACAUUAACAAUCCUCGGGACUUCAUUGAUUGUUUCCCAAUCAAAAUGGAACAGGAAAAGCACAAUCAACAGAUGGAGUUUACUUUUGAAAACUUGAUAGCCACUGUAACUGAUUUGUUUGGAGCUGGGACAGAGAAAACGAACACUACACUGAGAUAUGGGCUCCUCCUCCUGCUAAAGUGCCGAGAGGUCACAGCUAAAGUCCAGAAAGAGAUUGACUGUGUGAUUGGCAGACACCAGAGUCCCUGCAAAAAAAAAAAACAAUAUAUGAAAGUUCCAGUUGCUGGAGUCCCCGCGCGGCCUGAGGCUCAGCCCGGCUGGAAUCCAGGUCCGGAGCCCGCGCAGACAGGGCCAGACGGCGGGUGGAGGCAGGCCUCACUGCUGAAGCGGUGGCCUCCCCAACACGCUUUUUUUCAGCACAAGGAGUGCCUAGGGGUUGGCGGCAGCGAGGCGCCGUGCGGCGUGGUCAAACCUGUGACACGAGCCUCCUCUCCGAGGGCGCAGGGCAGGUGGGGCGGCGCUGCCUGGACCAGGUAUAGCGCCCGACUUGCUCAUCCCCCAUUCUGGCGCGACAGGCUGGCAGCGCUCUCAGCUCCGGAGCCGGUGGCACAGUUGCGCGUCCCGCGGCGCGGGAACUGGGGGCGGAAAGACGGCCCUUCGCCUGAAGCGUCAAGAGGCCGGAGACUAGGCAAAGAAAGCUCGAGAGGCAAAGGCUCCUCCCCACACUGUUGUGGCACGACUAUAGUAACAUUGCUGAGUUCUGUGCUACAUGAUGACAAAGAAUUCCCCAGCCCAGAGGUGUUUGACCCAGUCCACUUCCUGGAUGAGCGUGGCAACUUUAAGAAGAGUGACUACUUCAUGGCUUUCUCAGCAGGUAAUAGAAAUUGUAUGGGAGAAGGCCUGUUCUGCAUGGAGCUGUUUUUAUUCCUGACCAGCAUUUUACAGAAAUUUACCCUGAAAUCUGUGCUUGACCCAAAGAACAUCAACAGCACCCCAAUUUCUAGUGGGUUUGGCCGUGUUCCGCCCUCGUACCAGCUCUGCUUCAUUCCUGUGUGA